UCUGUCUUCUAGUUAUUAUCAUUGCUGCUGAGGGCGACUUAAUUGUUAUUGUUAGCACGUUAGCGGAUUAAAAAUACUCGGACAGAUGAAAGUGUAUUAAAAUACACUUCACAUAUGUGAAGAAGAAGAAGAAGAAGUACGUUCAAGAAUCACAACUGCACAGACGGAAAUAUGAAUGAUGAGGAUUCUGCCACGAGGAAGCAUGUGAGUUCAAGAGAGCUAACGUUACAGACUCCAAAAAAUGAGGACGCCUAUGAAAUCUCCAUUCCUUUUGAAGAUAACAACUUUGAACAACAUGGACCCUUUUACAACCACAACGACCAAAACUUUGAUGGUAAUGAUCCACCAGCACCGAGCAGCUCGUACUUGUUGAUAACUAACUUGCGCACACAACUGCAGAUCUCACUAGAGAAAAACUCAUGGCUGCAGAAACGCAUCGAGGACCUGGAAGAGGAGAGAGACUUUCUGCGAUGCCAGCUUGAUCGCUUUAUCUUCUCAACCAAGAGUCAUGAGAGCAACGGUAAUGAUUCGAGAAGUUUUUCUUGGAGGAGGAGAAGAGAAACUGACCGUGAUCAACAAGCAGAGAGCCAACGGCCAGCCAACCAUCAGUCAUUCCAGCAAAGAUCAACCCAACAGACCUCAGCCAAUGCUAAAGUCCUAAGCUCUGCUACUGGUCCAGUCAGUGCACAGAUAAAUUCCAUGUUCGGACCCGCCCACCCUCAGCCUCUUCUGCAGGGCCACGGCAGCACAAGCAGCAGUUGCAGCAGCAACAACAGGUCACUCAAUGAACUGCAGGAAUCUCUUUCUCUUCUGGGAGAUGAAGAAGAGGACGAAUACCUGGAGGACCGUUACCUUGAGGAAGAGGAAAUGAUGUCCCGAGCGGAUGUGAUAUCAAACAGCAUGUCUCUUCGGAAUAUCGGUGCACCUGGAAGGCCCAGCGGCAGUCACCCAGCUCUGAAGAGGAGGGUCUUCAGAAUCCCCAGAGGGAGAGAAAGACAGAGAGUAAAAGAUGCAGCAGGUGUAUUGUUCCGUUACAAAAAGAUCCUAGUGACAUACCAGAGGCUGAAAAACAUGUCCAAGGCCUUCCAGAUCCAUGGUGUAGAUCGCAACACAGUGGCCUCUACCACACCCAUAGCCGAGCUGCUGCUGGUGGCCCCGGAGAAGUUGACAGAGGUUGGCGAGUUUGACCCAUCAAGAGAAAAACUACUGGACUAUGCCCGACGGUGUUACAUCGCCCUUGACCCACAGACUCUCAGUAAAGUGCAAGCUCUAAAGAAGAACAACCUUCUCCUGCCCAUCUCCUACAGGUUGAAAGGAACCGAUCCGAAUAAUCGAUAAAUGAAGGUAUCAAGAGGAGGAACUAAUUUUAUCCUGCUGUAUUUUAUUGUAUAACUCAACACAACACGGACACACAAUGUCAACCUCUACAUGUUGUUGUUCAGAUCGGCUGUGCUCUGAACAAGGCUACUGUUACCUCAGUUCAUCACUUCAGCACUCACUCACAGAGCUGGUGGGCUGCUCAUGCUUUCAAGUUCCAUAUUUUAGUAUAAAACUCUAUUUAAUUGUGACUGAUGUCGCGAUGGUCCACUGGAGCUUGAGAAGUUCCUGAGGCCCGGUUUCACAGACACAGGACUACGGCUUAGUUGAAUUAAGAUAUUAUGUUGCUUUUAUAAAAAUGCCUUCGAAGAAGAAUACAUUAAUGGUGUGCAUCUUGAGACAAAACAAUGGCACUAAUAUAUUUUAAGAUAUUUCUGGGCAAGUUAUAAUCAGUUAAGACAGGUCAAACAUUUUAGUCUGGGACUCACCUUAAGCCUUGUCUGUGAAACCAGGCAUGUAACUUUUAGCACUUACCUAAAAAGGACUUCCCACAGCUCGAUAUGAGCUGUCAAUUUAGUUUUAUUUAGAGAACCAGUGCAUGCAAAAACCCAUAAACGCUGCCCUUUCUUAUAUCACAAUGUGCAACUCUACAGCAAGCAGGACCUGAACGUUCUCGCUAGAAUCCCAUUGGAUUUGAUUUGUGCAGUAUUUGUGCAUGUCUCCUAUUAGAUGACACUGACCGUUCAGCAUGUGACAGUUGGUAGUAGUACUAGUCUAGUCUAGUACAAUGUAUAGUGUGAAGCUAAUGCUUAUGAAAGUGUGAGGGCGUGAGUGUUCACGUCUUAGCUGAUGCUGAAGUUCUGAAAGUGUCUGGGUGCAUGUGGAUGUAUGUGUGUAUGUGUGCCUGUUUAAAAUAUUCACUUUUGAGCACAGAAUCAAGCCUCCAUGGGGCUUAAAACAAACUAUUUCACAUUCUUUCUCACCAUCAGCUAACACGUUGCUUCUACUUUUAAUGUGAUUUGACUGUCUGGCACCUUUUAUUAAAGAUCAGGGCUCUAGUAGAUUUCUGUUUUGCCUCAGGAACAGUCACUUGUGGACACUUCAAGUUCAGUUUCAGGUACAGUCUUGUUGUUCACCAAACUCUGAAAGUUGUUUUCCACUGUAGCAUUGUUUUUUAUUUCCAUGCUAAGUUGAAAGUAGACGAAAUCUGUUAAAGUGUGGUCUCUUCUGUCAUAUUGAGAGAAACAUGUAUUUAAAGUACAACUGAGUAUUCGUUAUGUAAAAGACACUAAAGCAUUUCCUACUCAA